CGACGGUUUGUCCCCGUUGAGAUAUGAACACUAACAGAUUAAAUAUUAAAGGGAUAGUAUAUUGGAUUUAUUUAUUGUGUAUAUGAAGAGGAAUGUAGUACCUGUUUUAUUACUGGCCACACAGACUGAGGCAUUCCCAACUGGUAGCUUGAAUAGGUGGAGAUGAUUAAAAUCUGUAGAUUGUCUGUUCGGAGAUUUUGUGUAAUUCUGUCGGUGUCUGCUGUCCUUGUAAUACUUCUUCUACAAAUAUUCAACCGGCAAAACAGUUUCAACCCCAGACAGAAAGCGUUAUCUCUUCCUCAAGAGAAGACAAACACAGUAGUGCAGCAGUUCCCACUCCUUACAGACAUAACUAAACAAGUCAACGAUUUUCUACAUUACUCGCCUGCAGUUAAAACGAAAUCAAUCGCAAAAGGCAACCUAGAAAAUAAAACAACGAAUUUAAAUCAUACAAAUGUUGUAUGUCCGAAAUUUACCGGAGGUUUAGGUAAUAACCUGUUCCAGUAUGCUGCAGCUUACGGACUGGCUAGAAGAUUAAAUGCAGAUGUGGUUCUUACUCCAAAUACGAAUAUAUAUCAAUUAUUUCAGCCAGUUGCGAGAAUUUCAACGGAUCCCAAUGUUUGUUCUAAAGUGAAAAUAAUAAAAGAAAAGCAGGCGUUAGCAUUUGAUGAAAGUUUCUUUAAUCUAUCACCCGGGCGUGAUUAUAAAUUUAUACAUUAUUUACAAUCGUGGAAAUAUUUCAAACAUGUAGAAGCUGAACUUCGUCAUCAAUUUAUAUUCCGUGGUGACGUCAUCGCUAGAGCUAGAUCUCAGAUUGCAAACAAAUUAGAACGUUUUAACGUUUCUUCAAAAAUGAAACCUAAUGUUUUAGUUAAUAUUCACGUGCGUCGCGGUAAUUAUUUAAUUGAUCCUUUUGCUACGUUUGGAUAUAAAGUAGCGAAUAUGACGUAUAUUAACAAAGCCAAGAAAUAUUUUAUGGACAAAUACGAAAAUGUUAUUUUCUUUGUCUUUUCGAACGAUAUGAAAUGGUGUAAAGAGAACAUUAAAGGACUGGAUAUUGUAUAUAUAGAAAAUAAUUCACGGGAAAUAGACUUGGCUAUUAUGUCUUUAUUAAACCAUACUAUAAUAACAGUUGGGACAUUUGGGUAUUGGGCGGCGUGGCUCUGUAAUGGAGAAACACUCUAUUUUGCUGAUAUUGCAAAAAUCGGUAGUCAAUUUGCUAAACAAUUCUCAGCGGAUAAAAAAGAUUACUUCUAUCCGGGUUGGAUAGGAAUGUGAAUUUAUUGUUUAUGGGCCAAAUAGAAAAAUGUAAAAGUCCCAGAAUUCAAGUUUAGUAUGGAGUUUAAAUACACAAUUAAAAGUGAGUUAUAAAGGCAUUUUGCUUUAAGUCUUAUUCAAGUCAGUUCAAACUUAAUCUGUGGCCAUUAUAUUGUCGAAGAGAUGCUAUUAAACUGUGGAAAGGCUUUGUGUCGUGCUUUGGUGUGCUGGGGGCUUUAGAGGUCGAGUUGAUGCCUUUUCAACAAGACCUGCUGCCGAUUCACCAAGACCUGACGACGACCAUCGCUAAGUUUUCAGAGGACAGUAGCAUUUUCUUCACAGAUCAACUUGUAAAGGCCAGGCCCCUAUACAAUAAUACACAUGUAUGUUUUAAUACUGCAUUUUGGCGUAAUUUUAAUUACCCCGCAUGUCUAAUUUUUUGUUUGAUAAUCGAGUUUUGGGGCCGAAAAGGAUAAAUUCAGGUUUAUCCCCAUUUAGCGAUUUAAAUUCAUCCCCGUUUUAAUUUGUCCCCAUCUGAUUAAAACACAGAUCCUAUUUCGUUUUGUUUUUUUAUAGUUCAAACUUUCGUUUUACUUGUCUUUGCUACACCAGGAUCUGGAAGAGUUAUUUUAUAACCCGCGUUCUGGAUGAUGUGAGGGAUUAGCGAGUUUUUGGCGUGAGGUGCACUGAGCUGUGGGUAACCCACUAGAAACAUCAACGCUGUAUAGUAGAGGCCAUCCAAAGUAUAGAAAAAAAAAACGAAACGAAAUAUAAAUAUAUGUAUUUUAAUCAGAUUGAAUUUUUCGGAUACUUCUUUAUAUAUGUAUAUAAAAUUAUUGGCUGGCCUGUUAAAAUAUUUGGCGAAUAUUAUAUUUUUUGAUUUUUUAAGAAUUAUUUCUUAGA